AUGUCAAUUGGUUCGAUAGAUAGUCAGAAUUUAUAUGAUGUGUCACUUAGUUCAAGAAAAAUCACGUCGUCAAGUAUGUGUGUCAACAAAAUAGGUGUAUGUCCCACACCUAAAAGGGUAAUGUCGAUGUCAUCUUUACCUACUUUGAGUGAAGACUCAACUAUACCGAUGCAGGUUACAUGUAAUCAGAUCAAGAGACCAGGUGAUUAUUAUAUGCAGAAGAUUAUGUCAAAAUCAUCGUCGCUGGUUCCCAGAAAACAGUCUAAUGUGUCGCUGCUGGUGCCUAAAAACCAGUCUAAUGUGUCGCUGCUGGUGCCUAAAAACCAGUCUAAUGUGUCGCUGCUGGUGCCUAAAAACCAGUCUAAUGUGUCGCUGCUGGUGCCUAAAAACCAGUCUAAUGUGUCGCUGCUGGUGCCUAAAAACCAGUCUAAUGUGUCGCUGCUGGUGCCCAAAAAACAGUCUAGUGUGUUCCCACUGCUGCUGCUGUCCCACCUGGCAUUAUACAAAGGAAGGCUAUCGCAGGAUUCCUUGAUGUCCCUACAAUCCUCAUCUUCAGAUGACCAUUCACUGAUUUUAUCUUCCCAAUUUGAUGCUCCAGUACCUGGAUCCUCCUCCCAGAUAACAUCGGCUUCAAAUAGAGAAUCAAUAACCGAUACGAGGCUAAGCUCAAUGACCUCAACUUUCAGUAAUCAAGAGACCAGUAUGGCUAAUUCAGGAAAAUUCAAGCAUUGUCUAUAUUACAAAGCUGCAUCAACAAUAAAUGUAUCAAGCCCGGGUGUACCAUUACAACCAUUCCCACAACCACCAAAUAAAACAUCUCGGUCAAAGUCGGUUGCAAGUAUACCUCCAAUACAUAGGUCAAAAUCGAGAUUUGUGACUUCACAAGAAAGUAAAGAGCGUCAGAUUUUAAGGAAAAAAAAGUAUGAGGAAAAUGAUGACGAGGAGGAGAUUUUAUCAAAUGAUUUGGAUAGUCUUAUCUUUAAUGUUCCUGUGAUUAAAAAUCAAAAUGACUUGUACUCGUUGACUAGAAGGCGUAGUAGUAGUAGUCAUAAUAUUGGAAGUAAUAACUCCAAAGGCAACAACUCCACCGCCAACACCACGUUGUCCUCCUCCUUCUCCAGCUCCUCCUCCUUCUCCUCCUCGACAGCAACACUAGGCAACAGUUUGGUUACCAUACUAUCAAGAAACGAUUUGAUCAGUGAUAAUAAUGAUAAAUACAACAUUAGACCGUGCCCGUUACCUGGAAAAUUGAGCUCUGCUAAUUUACCUCAGUAUAACUCGAAAAAUGAAAGCAGCAUAUUAGAAGAAGAUGAGUCGAUGAUAACUGAUGACUCUGAGAUAAUUGCAAGCAACAUAUCCGAUUUCUAUUCUCAGAGAAGUGAAUCAGUUUCAAAACUCAUUAAAUCAUCAAGAGAGCAAAAUCUAUUUUAUAAACUUCCCUCCUUUAUCAAAUCACAAUCAUCUUUGGAAGAUUUGCAUUUAAUAUCACCUGAAAAAUUGUCAUAUUUGGAUCAAACUAGACCAAUCAAUUUGCCACCAAAAUCGCCAACCGAUAAAAGUCGUCACAAUAAAGAAUUCAACAAUACCUUGGAUCUGUACCAAACAAGUAUUCAAAACGAAGUUGACCUUCGGUUGAAGAAUGAGCAAUUCAAAAUCGCUAGUGGUCAACAGUGGGUAAAGAUUAUCGAUUCAUUGAUUGAGUUGGAUAACAAGCAUUUCAAUAAAAAACUUACUGUUGAUAAAAAUCAAAUAAGAAAGCUAGCAUGGGAUUGUAAUAUACCCAAAACUCACACGUUUCAAUUCUUUAUCAAGGUAUUAUCAAAUAACUAUUCAUCACAAGAUUCCUUAAAUACUAUACGUCACCUGUUUGAAUUAUUCGAUAAAAAAUUGGUUAUGUUGACUGAUGUAAUGAAGAGGAAUAAAGAUUUGGAGUACAACAAAAUCAUCAAGUCAAUGAGUACUCAACCGUUUGUCGUUAAUUCGGGCAUUGAUUUAGAUGAAUUUAGAUUAAAUCUAAAGCAUCUUUUAUAUAUCAAAAGUAUCAGCGAAUCGGGAUUAGCUGAAAAGGAUUAUUUGGUAAUUACCAUCUUAUUGACUUUAUUUCCUCAUGUGGAUAUUAUUGAAAUAUACUGUUUAUUAGAGUUGAUACAGCACGAAAUUUUAGAUACUAAAUUCUCCCAAAUAAGUUUAGAAUCUGAACCAGAAUUGGCCAAUUUUACUACAAAUCAUUUACUUUUGACAAUUUUGAAAUUUGACGAUUGUCAAAAAUUAACUUUUUCCGCAAAUCAACAACAGCAACAGCAGCAACAGCAACAGCAACAGCAACAGCAACAGCAACAGCAACAACCAUCACCACUACAAGGAACAAACACAAAAGAUGAAGAGCAAACCAUCAUCAUCAAUUCACCAAGUUUAGAGAUUGUUAUGAAAUUAUUAACUUUAUUGAUUGUGAAUUCGCAAUCCAUUAAAACCAGAGAAAAGAAUAAUUUUAAAUUGAUGAAAUCUUUUGCAAAGACGAUUUUUGUUAAUUAUCAUUUAGGCUGGAACAGUUUUGAUGAAUUGGUAAAGGUUCCAAGUAAUGGAAUAAGAAUUAAUUAUUGUCCUAAUCACAUGAUGAAUAUGGAUAAGUUUGUGCAUCGUUGGAGUAGGCACCAUUUUGGUUGA